CCCGGAGCCGCUUGCCCCUGCCGCUGGCACCCCGAGCUUCCUCCCUCGCCAGCCAGGACGCUGCCGCCUCGUCGUUGCUCGCUGCUCCGCUGACGAGGCUGCAAAGCUGCAACUAAGUGGAGUUGGCCUCCCUGCCCACCUGUGGAAGAAGCUCGCGCUGAUUGAUGCGCCAUCGCCUUUUUUCUCCUUCAGCCUCGCAGGCGUCCCCUCCCACAAAUGCAGCAUCACCCAGUGAAUGUACAUUAGGGUGGUUUCCCCCCCAGCUUCGGGCUUUGUUUGGGUUUGAUUGUGUUUGGCUCUUCGCUAAGCUGAUUUAUGCAGCAGAAGCCCCAGCGGCUGGAGAGAAACAAAAGCUCUUUUCUUUGUCCCGGAGCGGGCUGCGGAGCUCCCGCUCGCGUCGCCGCCGUGGGCCAUCGGCUGUCGGAGGAGGUGCCUCUCGCGGAGACAGCGGGCCCGCCGUGCUGAGCUGGGAGGGCCGCGGGGGCCCUGAGAUGCCGAGCGGUGCCCCGGCCCGCGUACCUGCACCGCUUGCUCCAAGCCGCGGAGUCCGCCUGCCGGGCCUGCGGGAAACGUCGUAGCGACACUAGGAGCGCGGGCCCCGAGGUGCGCCCAGGAGGCGCGAGCGCGCGUCCGGAAAGCAGCCAGGCUGCGGGCGCGGGGCAGGCUGCUUUGCAUUAUGUGCGGCUCGGCCUUGGCUUUUUUUACCGCUGCAUUUGUCUGCCUGCAAAACUGCCGGCGAGGUCCUGCCUCUUUUCUCCGGGCGGCCUGGGUGUUUUCACUUGUUCUUGGACUGGGCCAAAGUGAAGACAACAGAUGUACAGCCUCGAAUGCAGCAUCCUGCGCCAGCUGCCUUGCGCUGGGUCCAGAAUGUGGAUGGUGUGCUCAAGAGGAUUUCAUUUCAGGUGGAUCACGGAGUGAACGUUGUGAUAUUGUUUCCAAUUUAAUAAGCAAAGGCUGCAUGGUUGAUUCAAUAGAAUACCCGUCGGUGCGUGUAAUAAUACCAAGUGAAAAUGAAAUUAAUACCCAGGUGACACCAGGAGAAGUGUCAAUCCAGCUGCGUCCAGGAGCUGAAGCUAAUUUUAUGCUGAAAAUUCAUCCUCUGAAAAAAUAUCCUGUAGAUCUUUAUUAUCUGGUUGAUGUCUCAGCAUCGAUGCACAAUAAUAUAGAAAAAUUAAAUUCUGUUGGAAAUGAUUUGUCUAAAAAAAUGGCAUUUUUCUCCCGAGACUUUCGCCUUGGAUUUGGCUCAUACGUUGAUAAAACAGUUUCGCCAUAUAUUAGCAUCCACCCUGAAAGGAUUCAUAAUCAAUGCAGUGAUUACAAUUUAAACUGUAUGCCUCCCCAUGGAUACAUCCAUGUGCUGUCAUUGACGGAGAACAUCACUGAGUUUGAGAAAGCGGUUCACAGACAGAAGAUCUCCGGAAACAUUGAUACCCCAGAAGGAGGUUUUGACGCCAUGCUUCAGGCAGCUGUCUGUGAGAGUCAUAUUGGAUGGAGAAAAGAAGCUAAAAGACUGCUGCUGGUGAUGACAGAUCAGACAUCUCAUCUUGCUCUUGAUAGCAAACUAGCAGGCAUCGUGGUGCCCAAUGAUGGAAACUGCCAUCUGAAAAACAACAUCUACGUCAAAUCGACCACCAUGGAACAUCCUUCUCUAGGCCAACUUUCAGAAAAAUUAAUAGACAACAACAUUAAUGUCAUUUUUGCAGUUCAAGGAAAGCAGUUUCACUGGUACAAGGACCUUCUACCACUCUUACCUGGCACUAUUGCUGGUGAAAUAGAAUCAAAGGCUGCAAACCUCAAUAAUUUGGUAGUAGAAGCCUAUCAGAAACUCAUCUCAGAAGUGAAAGUUCAAGUGGAAAACCAGGUACAAGGCGUCUAUUUUAACAUUACAGCCAUCUGUCCAGAUGGGGCCAGAAAGUCAGGCACAGAUGGAUGCAGAAAUGUGACAAGCAAUGACGAUGUUCUUUUCAAUGUAACAGUUACAAUGGAAAAAUGUGAUGUCACAGGAGGAAAAAACUAUGCAAUAAUCAAACCUAUUGGUUUCAAUGAAACCGCUAAAAUUCAUAUACACAGAAACUGCAGCUGUCAGUGUGAGGACAGCAAAGGAUCUAAAGGAAAGUGUGUAGAUGAAACUUUUCCAGAUUCCAAGUGUUUCCAGUGUGAUGAGAAUAAAUGUCAUUUUGACGAAGAUCGGUUUUCUUCUGAGAGUUGCAAGUCACACAAGGAUCAACCUGUUUGCAGCGGUCGAGGAGUUUGUAUUUGUGGGAAAUGUUUAUGUCACAAAAUUAAGCUUGGAAAAGUGUAUGGAAAAUACUGUGAAAAGGAUGACUUUUCUUGCCCAUAUCACCAUGGAAAUCUGUGUGCUGGACAUGGCGAGUGUGAAGCGGGCAGAUGCCAAUGCUUCAGCGGCUGGGAGGGGGACCGGUGCCAGUGCUCAUCAGCAUCGGCCCAGCACUGCGUCAACUCACAGGGCCAGGUGUGCAGCGAAAGAGGCACGUGCGUGUGCGGCAGGUGUGAGUGCACUGACCCCAGGAGCAUCGGCCGCUUCUGUGAACACUGCCCCACCUGCCAUACAGCCUGCAAGGAAAACUGGAAUUGUGUUCAGUGCCUUCACCCUCACAAUCUGUCCGAAGCCAUGCUCAAGCAGUGUAAAACCUCAUGUGUGCUCACUGAACAGUUUUAUGUGGACCAAACAUCAGAAUGUUUUUCUAACCCAAGCUACUUGAGAAUAUUUUUCAUCAUAUUCAUAGUUACAUUCUUGAUUGGGUUGCUGAAAGUCCUUAUCAUUAGACAGGUGAUCCUACAAUGGAAUAGUAAUAAAAUGAAGUCCUCAUCAGAUUACAGAGCAUCAGCCUCAAAAAAGGAUAAGUUGAUUCUGCAAAGUGUUUGCUCAAGAACAGUAACCUACCGACGUGAGAAACCUGAAGAAAUAAAAAUGGAUAUCAGCAAAUUAAAUGCUGAUGAAACUUAUAGGUGCAACUUCUAAAAAAAAGAUUAAAAAUAGUUUAUGGGGAACUGGAUUUUAUAAUAUUUGCUCUUAAAAUUAUAAUUUUAAAAGUCACAGGAGGAGACAGAUUGUUCAAGAUCAUGCCAGUUGCUGGUUGCACACUCGAAUGAAAACUGACGAGCAUCCUCAUCAUCAUGUGACUCACAUAGCUGCUGAAUUUUUCAGAGAAAAAUAUGUCUUACUACUGUUUGAGACUAGUGUCAUUGUAGCACUUUACUGUAAUAUAUAACUUAUUUAGAUCAGCAUAGAAUGUAGAUCAUCUGAAAAGCACUGAUUACACUUUACAGGUACCUUUCAUUCCUACACUUCCCAGAGAGAGACAAUGCUGUGAGGUAGUUUAGCAUUGUGUCACUACAAGGGUACAGUAAUCACUGCACCGAACAUGCGAAUGAAACAAAUAAUCUGGCAGACAUAUACUGAUGUUGCCAGACACUUUCACAAUUGGUGGUGAACACAAUUACAGAUAGAUGAAUACAUGAUUAGUGUUUCACUCAUUCAAGAGGUGAACAGAUAGAACCUUAAUCUUAAGGGAUAUUGCUUUUGAAACUGUGUAGUUUUAUGCAUGCAUGUGUGUUUAUGUUUUUUUUUACAAGAUGGAUACUAAUUCCAACAUUUUCUCUUCUUCAACUUUAUGUUUUGUUUUUAUUCCUUGCAUAUGUUUAUAUGUGUCACAAAUGACUGGAUUAAAUAAGUGCUAAGUUACUACUGCCAUAAAAUCCUAGUAAUACAAUGUCACUUUAUUAGAAUACUGGUUUUAAAUGCUGAAUGUUAAUAAGGGACACUGUAAAGUAUCAUCAAAACCUGAUUAACUUAACUUUUUGCAGUUGUAGAGUUUUGUAUCUUCUUACCUGGUAAACUGGAGGGAUUAUUUGACCAUUUCAUGUAUCUAAUCAUUAAGCUGAAAUUCACAAUAUGUUUAGAAAUUCUGCUUCAAGCAAAGUACCACAGUUUUGAACGAGUUUUCUUAGGUUUUGACUCCAAGUAGAUAUCAGCAUUUUUCAAAUGAAAAGAUAUAUUAUUUUUGCCCUUCAAUGUAACCUAAAGACAUUCUUUUUCUGAAUUACCCCAACCCUCCUAACCAGAAUUCAUAAAACUGUAAAAUUGGAGGAGGACAGGUGAUAUCUUAGAAAUAAGCUAAUUCACCCUUUUAAUUAGUCAGGGAAAGGCUCAGAAAGUUUGAAUGAUUUCUAAAAAAAAAAAAAAACACCCAAGUGAUAAAGUGGCAACAUUAGAAAAGACCUUGUAUCUUCUUAUUGCCAGGCCAGUGUUUAUUGCACAGUAUUAUGCUACCUCUCAAAUCUUUAAAGUAUUCAAUUGGCAAAUAUUUUUUAAUGUGAUUUACUGAAGUCUUAAGUAUAUGGACAUGAGAAAAUUUCAAAGCAAAGUAGCAAAGAGUAAUUCAAACUGAAUUGUCCAUAAACAGCUUCUAGUCUUUCCUGCUAGUGAGCUUUGAAAAGAUUGUAGCAUGGCAUAACUAUAGGGAAAUCCGUUCAUACCAUGGCCUUUAUGAAUACGACCCCCUGGAGUUGUACAAUGCUCAACCCAAGACCUUGAUACAGAGGCCGUGAGCUCUAUCUUCCCCAAUGGAAGCUUCUUCACAAUUACCAUAUCACUACAGACUUAUUUAGUCUGAUUUUAUUGGCUAGCAGUCCAACAGUCCUGCGUGCCGUAAGGAGUUUGGCCUAUGACAACAAAUGAAUUUAUUUAAAAUAUCUUGUCAUAAUUAACUUCCCAGAUUUGCUGUCUUCCAGCACUUUAGUUAAAGUACUAGAUAUUUGCAUUUUGAUGAAGACUAACCUUCACUUCCUAUUCUACCCUAAUAAAGAGGACCGAAAAAUAUGUAAUAAGUUGUUCUGGAGCCAACAAACACAGCAGCUCUCUUAGCUGUCCCCUACAGCCAAGCCGUUAUGAGGCUAAAUUGAGCUUCAUUUCCUUCCCCAAAUGAGAGAUUGAGGACAUUGACAUAAUUCAGUACUGUGACUGAUUCGUGUAAGAAACCUUUGAUCAGUAAGGAUAAUGCAAAAAUGAAAGGAUGCCUGACAGCCCCCAAAAGGAAAAAGUGGAAGAUAUCCAUUAAUUUAAAUGGUGACAAUUUAAAAAAUGAACAUUACAGUGUUUAUGAACAAUAAACUAAUUUCCAUGUGGAAUGAAUUAUCCAAAAGACCAUAAUAAAAUGAAAUGCUUAAAAAACCAAGGUUUAUAUUUUACACCCCUAUUAGUUUGCACUAACUUUAUAAUGGACCAAGGAUGUUAUCGUAGGAAGAGAUAAACUUCCUUAUAGGUAAUUCAGUGCUAUGUAACCAUUGUAGUUAUGCUUGUGAUAUUUCGUGCUUUCUUUUUUGUUUUUUACUUAAAGAGCUAAUUCUUAAAGAUUUUAGGGCUUAUAUUUUACUUGAAUAAUUGAUAUUUUCCUGUGUAAGGGUUUGUGAGAAGAGAAUUAAUAUUUGCAUAGUUAGAAUUAGUUAAAAGAUAAGGAAAAACAGGGUAUUCUUAGAUUAAAUAAUUUAUAUAAAUAGAGUCUACUUCCAACUACUAUGACCACAGGAGACUUUUGAGAUUUAUUGAUAUUAAACUCAGUUAAUGACAUUUUAAAUUGUUAUUAAGAACUUGAACAACACUUUUGGUACGGUAGCAUUUUUGCACCCUAAAGUAUAUAAUGAUUUAGAAAUGUGCCAUACAUACACUACAACGUAAUUAUAUGUAUUUUAUUUCUCUGGAGACAUCUUUUCACUGCAGUGCACAUGUACUUAUAAACAUUUGAUAUGUUUUUAUUUAUUAAGCCAUGGGCAUUCUCUGGAAGAUUCAGAAAUUUACUAAAAAUCUGAUUAUUUCCUAAAUGUUCAAGUUAGAUUUGGUUUAUAAAAAUAACAACAACAACAACAACAACAACAGAAAAUCUAAGGUUAAACAGAAUAAAUAUCUCUGGAGGCCAAUUUUUCAAAACUCAAAAUUCAAAUUAGUAGUGGAUGCAUCAGAUGUAACACUCUACCAAAGAAUAAACUCCAAAUUUCAAAUAUUUUUAAAUAAUUACUUUUAUCUCCAUUGAAUGUACUCUUAUGUAUGACAACAGGCAUCCACGAGACACUGAAAUAUGUUAUUAUAGACCAUGAAAAUUUUUCUCCAUCGAAUUAUAUUCCUUCUGGUAUCUGGUAGAGUAGAUUAGACUCAAUGGCUU